CGAAUAUGUUCCGGUCACGCAGAAGCGUGAGGGGCGCAAAAACAUGUGAGUUGUUGCGAGUGUGGAUCGAGUGGAGAGAUAUCAUGUUCCGACGUCAUGAUGGGCAUCAUUGCGGAUGCUGGAGAUCAUGGGUCCAUUUGCAGCCCCGGUGUGCUAGUGUGACCAGAGUGGACGUGUACAACAAAUGUCUUGGCCCCUCCUCUCCCCCGGCCCCGGGGAUACGCCCAGACAACACACACACGCGACACACCAGACGCCAGGGCGCUGCUGCGAAUGACGAGUUUGGGAGGCGCAUCCGAGAAUCAUGCUGACACUGCCACCCCUUGAUCGACAUUCCCAUAUUGCUUCCAUCAUCACCUUCUCUGAUUCUCUCGCUUCCGCAUCGAAACAGUCAAUACGAAUUGAUCAUGCGUCAAGAGCCACAGCAGGCCCGCAUGUGUGGCGUCGGAGAGAAGUCGGAUCGCAGGCCCGUCGACCCCACCCCUAUCAUCCAGCUCAAAGUCAAGACGGACAAGGGCGAGGAGAUUACGCCCUUGGGCAAUGACGGCAAGGGCAGAAGCAACGGACAGCUGUAUAUGCAGAACCCAUACUACUUCCUCUUUGCAUGCCUCGUGGGCGGCGACGAUCAAGACUCUGAAUUGCACGUCAUUGACGAUGGUCGCACUCGUUUCCUCACGGGCACCCCCGUUUCCUCCCUCUACCACCUCAAAGACAUCGACAACAAGGACGCUGCAUUCUUUGUCUUUCCCGACCUGGGUGUACGCAAGGAGGGGAGGUACAAGCUCAAGCUCACGCUAUUCGAGAUCGUCGACCAAGAAGUAUAUUAUUGCACGACGGUUCACACUCAAACCUUCUCGGUCUAUUCGGCCAAGAAGUUCCCAGGCAUGCAGAAGGCGACAGAGCUCUCCAGAGUGUUCGCGGAGCAGGGCCUGAAGAUCCGUGUUCGUAAAGACCCACGCCCCGCAGGGCGAAACAAGCCUGGCGGCAAACGGCCAAAGAGUGCAGGAAUGUCGGAUGACGAGGACCCGUACAACCAGAAGCGCCAUCGCCCGGGAAGCCAGCCUGCCUACGGCCACCUCGGACUUGAAGGUCCACGCUAUCCCCACGAUCCUCCGUACGCGAGUUACCCUCCCCCUCCUAACGGUGGUUACUAUAACCAGUACGGCCACGGCGGAGGUGGUGGUCCCAUGCCGCCCCCGCCUCCUCCGCCCGCAUUCGAUGGAUACAGGCCUGGAUCAUCCGGGGGUCCACCUCCCCCUCCACACCAUAUGCCCCCGGGCGCGCCUCCUCCUCCGCCCAGCGCGUAUCCCGGUCCUUCGUACUCGGCGUACCCGCCGCCAAACUACCCGCAAGGCUACCAGAGGCAGGGCGGCCGUCAUUCCCUCCCUCCUGGCUACCCUCCUGACGCAGCUUACGGUAAUUACCCGCCCGGACCACCUCCGCCGAAUGCUGCGCCAUACGACCCUCGCUGGGCCGACCGUGACCCGCGCGAAACCCCUCCUCGCCACCGCGAUCCCCGCGAGGAAAUGCGCGACCCCCGUGAGAUGCGCGACCCCCGGGAAAUGCGCGACCCUCGAGAGAUGUCUGUUCCCCGAGACCCCCGCGAGAUGUCUGUUCCCCGGGACCCACGCGAAAUGUCGGUUCCUCGCGGGGAUCCUCGGGAGCUGAGCGUGCCUCCUCGCGAUUUACCACCCCACGACCCGCGCGACAUGCCCCCUCGCGACCCUCGCGACCCUCGCGACCUUCCUCCUCGCGACCCCCGGGAACUGCCUCCGCGCGAUCAUCGCGAGCUGCCGCCGCGCGAUUAUCGCGACCCGCGCGAGAUGUAUGCGCUCGAGAUGCGCGACCACCGCGUCGACCCGCGAGCGGAUCCACGCUACGACCCCCGCGUCGACCCCCGCCUUGACCCUCGUGACCCGCGCGUCGACCAUCGCGUCGACCCUCGCGAUCCUCGCGUGGACCCCCGUGCUGAUCCCCGUGUCGAUCCUCGCGCUCACCCGCGCUUUGACCCACGCGCGGACCCGCGCAUGGACCCCCGCGGAGACCCCCGGCUGGACCACCCUCCGCGCGGCCUCGACCCCCGGGACCCCUACUACCGGGGGCCCGAGUAUGACCACCCGCCUCGCAGUGCAGGCUCGAUCGUGCCGGCCCACCAGCCGCCUAUCGACCGGCAUAGACCCACGACGGCGCCCGUCCCCCGCGAGCACCAAUACCACCACGCGCACCGCCCGCCCCCGCCGCAGCGCCUGCCGUCCAUGUCGUCGCGCGUCGACGCGCCCCCCACGCUCGGGGCGUACCGCGACCCGCGCGAGCGGGACGACGCGUCGCGCCCCGGAUCCGGCUGGAGCCAAGACUCGCGCCGCUCGCACUCGUACCGCUCCGAGCGGCCGGGCACGCCCGACGCCAAGCCCACGGGCCGCAUGGGUCUCGGCCACCUCGUCGACUAAGCACGAUCAGCAUAACGCGCCGCCAUGUAUAUCUGUAGCCCGCGGCUUCGACACUCCGCAUAUGUAUCUUUUCGAGCGCAUACAGCCGGAUCGAUAUCUUGGU